AUGAUUAUAUUGUCUGUUAAAUCUGCGAAAGGGAAGAAGCCAAAGACCGAGUCAGGCAAUGAGGUCAGGCUUAAGGAUAACGUAUCAUCAGAGAAGUUAAUCAAGAUCCAAAACCCCGCAACACUAAGAGAACAGCUCACUGAGGACUGGGAGAAUGUUACGCAGAAGGACAAGGCAAAAGGUCGUACUUCGACUAAGGCAUUACCUGUGAUGCUCUUAUAUAAGAAAGAGCGGCGACAAUACCAAGAAGCAGUCGUGGAUGAUAUUUCACCUUUAACUGUUUAUGGCGCCGAGCAUUUGCUUCGUCUCUUCGUGAAAUUUCCGGAGCUUUUUUUCAUAUGUAAACGUGGAAGAAGAAACAUGGAGUCGCAUGCAACAAACACUAUUAGACUUCCUUGA